AUGAACGGCUUCAGCACGGAGGAGGACAGCCGGGAAGGGCCCCCAGCCCCGGCCCCGGCCCCCGCGCCCACCGCCGCGCCCGCGCCCGCCCCCGGCUACGGCCAGAGCUGCUGCCUGAUCGAGGACGGGGAGCGCUGCGUCCGGCCUGCCGGCAACACCUCCUUCAGCAAGAGGAUCCGGAAGAGCAUCUCGCAGAAGAAACUCCGGCUGGACAUCGACAAGAGCGUAAGACAUCUGUAUAUCUGUGAUUUUCACAAAAAUUUCAUCCAGAGCGUACGAAACAAAAGGAAGAGAAAGAGCAGUGAUGAUGGCGGAGAUUCUCCUGAGGGUGAAACAGACAUCCCUGAGGUUGAUUUGUACCAGUUGCAGGUGAAUACGUUGAGGCGCUACAAAAGGCAUUACAAGUUGCAGACGAGACCAGGAUUCAACAAGGCACAGCUAGCAGAGACAGUCAGCCGUCACUUCCGGAAUAUCCCAGUGAACGAGAAGGAGACCCUUGCUUAUUUCAUCUAUAUGGUGAAGAGUAACAAGAGUAGGCUGGACCAGAAAGCAGAGAGUAACAAGCAGCUGGAAUGAUGAAGAGUCCGAUUGUAAAGAAAUUAAGUACAAUACUUAAUGGACUGGUGAUACCUGGUACAUUUGUACCUAUGAAGACUGUUAAAUUCUACUGUAAAUUUAAGAAAAAAAAAGUGUGAAUGAUGGAAGAAUUCAAUUUUCUGUUCAGUUCAACGAAGAUUCAUUAAGCGCCUACUAUGUAUGUAAGGCCCUUUGUGGCCAGGAGUAGUGUAUUCUAUUGCUUCAAUAUGUGUAUAGAAAGACUUUCCUUUAAGACUGGAUUGAGAAAUAGAGUCAA